GGGCAGAGGAGGAGGAGGAGGAGGCGGCGGCGGCGGCCGCGGUGUUGAGGGUCGGCUCGUUCGCCCUCCUGAGGCGACCCUCGCCGCCCCGGCAGCGCCACCACGGAGGCCCCACGGCGGAGGCGGAGGCGACGGAGGCGGCUCCGGAGCCCCGAAGAGGACGGGGCCGCCGCCAUGGAGUCCCCCGCGCAGCUGAAGGACCGCAUCCUGGAGAACAUCUCGCUCUCCGUCAAGAAGCUGCAGAGCUACUUUGCCGCCUGCGAGGACGAGACCCCCGCCAUCAGGAACCACGACACGGUCCUGCAGCGUCUCUGCGAACACCUGGACCACGCCUUGCUUUACGGGCUGCAAGACCUUCCUUCGGGCUACUGGGUCUUGGUGGUCCACUUUACCCGCCGAGAGGCCAUUGAACAGAUUGAACUGCUGGAGCACGUGACCACCAAUUUGGGGCGCAGCCGAGCAUGGCUGUACCUGGCCCUGAACGAGAACUCUCUGGAGAGCUACCUCCGCCUCUUCCAGGAGAACCUGCCGCUGCUGCAGAAGCAUUAUGUCAGAAAUGCCCUGGUCUGCAGCCACGACCACCUGACACUCUUCCUCACCUUGGUGGCCGGCCUGGAGUUUAUUCGAUUUGACCUGGACUUGGACGCCCCUUACCUGGACUUGGCCCCCUACAUGCCAGAUUACUACAAGCCCCAGUACCUGCUGGACUUCGAGGACCGCCUGCCCAGCUCCGUCCACGGGUCAGACAGCCUCUCCCUCAACUCCUUCAACUCGGUGACGUCCACCAACCUGGAGUGGGAUGACAGUGCCAUCGCCCCCUCCAGCGAGGAUUAUGAUUUUGGAGAAGUCUUUCCUGCAGUGCCGUCCAUGCCUACCACAGCAUGGGAAGAAGGAGACCUGACCGAUACGCUCAGCUGCCCACGUUCCGUGGCCUCCGAGGUGAACAGCAGCCGCGCUUCAGCCAAGAGCCCCACCCAGCGCUACAACCCUUUCGACGGGAAGGCGGAAGGGCCAUCGUCUGCCGAGAGCACCCCAGUGCACGCUGCCUCACUAAAGGCCGACCUCGUGCCCGAAGGCACCGAUCAGUCUGAGAGCUGCACGGAGCUGGAGGUCAUCAGGCUGGCUAAAAAGAAGAAAACAAGCAAGAAGAAGAAAGUGAAGGCGGAAGAGGCCGCUGUCCCCUCCCUCCCUGCUCCCGCUGGGGACCAGGCUGUGGGCAAGGAGGCCGGGCGGCCGUGGACCACCCCAGAGUCCGGCCUUGCGGUCAGCACUGAGGCGCCAGCCCUCUGCCAACUGGGGCUCCAGAUCCCCGAAAUGAAGGACACGGCCAUGGAGCGGGUGGGGCAGGCCCUCAGCAAGGUGAUCGACUCGCUGGAAGCGACGGACGGGUGGAGCCGCCCCCUGGAGCCCCCGGACCAGUCCUUUCGGACCGGCUUGCCAGGGGAGCCCCCUUCGGAAGGGCCAUCCCUUGGCGGCUUUGGUCAGGGUCUGCCGGCCCCCAUGGACUUCUACCGCUUUACCGUCGAGAGUCCAAACGCUCCUGCAACAGGUGGUGGCCACCAUGACCCUGCAGGGCAUGGUGAACCGCCACAUGUUCCUGGUGGCCCUGAAGCUCCUGGACAAGCGGAAGAAGGAGGAGGAGGCGGGGAGGCUGCUGGGCCAGCCGUAGCCGGCUCGCCGGGAGAAGCCGUGGCGACGGCCAGUGUGGCGGCCCUCAGCAGGCUGAAGGAGGAUCGGGCGAGCCCUUCCCCGAGCAGCGCCGAGGACUCUGGAGUGGAGGAGGGGCAGGGCAGCCCGUCGGAGGCUUCCCAUCCCUCCGAGUUCAGGGUAGACAACAAUCACUUGCUUCUCUUGAUGAUCCACGUCUUUCGCGAGAACGAGGAGCAACUCUUCCGGAUGAUCCGGAUGAGCACAGGGCACAUGGAAGGGAACCUCCAGCUCCUUUACCUGCUGCUGACCGACUGUUACAUGUACCUCAUCCGAAAAGGAGCCGCUGAGAAGCCCUACUUGGUGGAGGAGGCUGUGUCUUAUAAUGAGCUGGACUACAUCUCUGUGGGUCUGGAUCAGCAAACGGUUACUUUGGUCUGCACCAACCGUCGGAAGCAGUUCCUGCUGGACACGGCGGACGCUACCCUGACUGAGUUCUUCCUGACCUGUCUGAAGUCCGCCAUGAUCAAAGGCUGCCGUGAGCCACCGUACCCCAGUAUCCUGACUGACGCCACCAUGGAAAAACUGGCGCUGGCCAAAUUUGUGGCUCAGGAAUCUAAGCAAGAGAUCUCGGAAGUGGUGGUCCACUUCUAUGGCCUUGUUCACUGGGAAGACCCCCUGGAUGAAGGCCCACCUUCGUCUCACUACGUGUCCACCGAAAACUGCAUCGUCAAGGAAGGUGUGCUGAAUUACAAGGCAGGAACCAAUUACCUGGGGAAAGAAAUCUGGAAGUCUUGCUUUGUGGUGCUCAGCAACGGCAUCUUGUACCAGUUCCCAGACCGGACGGACGUCACUCCGCUGCUGUCUGUCAAUAUGGGCGGAGAGCAGUGUGGCGGGUGCCGAAGGUCGAGCGCCACGGACCGGCCCCACUCCUUCCAGGUCAUUUUGACUGAGCGCCCUUCCCUGGAGCUAAGCGCAGAAAACGAAGAGGAGAUGGCCGAUUGGAUGCUGUACUUAUGCCAGGCGGUCUCCCAGGGGGUCAUCCCCCAGGGUGUGGCCCCUGCACCCUGCGUCCCCUGCUGCCUGGUGCUGACGGAGCAGAAACUCUUCACCUGCCACGAGGACUGCCAGACCGGCUUCUUCCGCUCCCUGGCCACUGCUGAGCUGGCGGAGGUGGCUUCCGUCUCCACGGAGCCCGGCUGGGAAUAUUGUCUCCUGGAGUUUGCCCAGGAACAAAAGCAGUACGUGCCGCCAUGGGUCCUCUAUCUCAGCUGCCCUGCAGAGCUGGAGCGGUUCCUGCUGGCGCUGGACGCUGUGUGGAAGAGCACCUACCAGGUGGACCUCCUGCACAAGCCCCUCGAGGACAGCUCCAUCCGAAAGAAAUGCGAGGACGCGCUGAGCCUGAUCCACAGCACGUGGCAGCGCAGCGACAGCCUGUGCCGCGGACGCGCUUCCCGGGACCCCUGGUGCUAGCCUCCCAGGAGACGAAGAACGGCCCGAUCCCACCAGGCGGAAGCACGGCGGGCAGCGCACGAACCGGGAGGGGAGGGGGAAACCUGAGGCAGAGGAGGGGGGGCGCGCAUGGGCCUCGCUCGUUUGGACACUCCGCGAUCCUCCCCCGGAACCCGGGGUCUCUUUGCUACCGCUGGCUAUUGGCUCCGCCUCGCGCGCACCGUUUGGGCCGGUGGUUUAUACGACAAGUUUUUUGCGCCACGGGGUGGGUUGUGUCUCAGUCGGGACUCCGGGUACAAGUGGGAGUGGGAAGCAGGAGCUCUGGGCCGCCACUCCCAGGCGGGAAGGGUCCCGUGGACGGCGGAGUAGCCGUGAAGAAGGAUGGUGAGGUUAGGG